UGGAUGCGAACGACGAUGAUUCACACGCCUUUGGGCUUUGUUUUGCCUGACUGGCCAAUACUAUCAGUUCAGGUGGCUACUCUGAAAAAGAUAUCGAAAGCCACCUCAAUCAUUUUGGGCAUUGGUGCCAUUUGUGCUGUCUGGUUGCGCAAAGUGUUCGUUCGUUCGUGCCCAAUUGUAAACAUGGCAGAAGGCUGGACAGAAAAAAAAUCUUCCUGGGGUCCCUUGGAGUCACACUCGUUGUCCUCGGUGCCACCGUGUCGUUUUUUUCAACUAGGAAAAUGUAUUUAUGGAGAAAAUUGCAGAUAUCUUCAUGAACUUGAUGCGGAAACAAAUGAAUCCAACGAUUCAUGUCAUAAUGUUAUGGCAGUGAAUUGGGUCAAUGCUCCCGAAUUCAUCCCCUCAUCUACUAUAUAUUCAGCUGCAGACACUCAGUUAGACUUUCCAGCAAUGCAGUCAUUUGCUGAAUCAGGUAUAAAGGAAGCUGGACCAAGCACCUCACAGCAGACAUCAGUAAAAUCCUAUGCCAAAGCUGUGGACCCCAAUGCUGGCCAGAGCUUCAAAAUUGCUCAGUCGACAUCUGAACUGUGUCCUUAUUUUUUCAUGGGUUCCUGUCGGUAUGGCGAAGAGUGCACCUACAUUCACGGCGAUCUCUGCGAACUCUGCAGCCAACAUUGCCUUCACCCGACGGAUGAAGAGCAGAGAAUCGAGCACAACCAGAGCUGUCUGCUCCAGCACAAAGUAGACAUGGAAAAAUCCUUUGCUGUUGCUCGUUCACGAGACAAGGCAUGCGGCAUUUGCAUGGAGAUCAUUUGGGAGAAAUUGCCGUCUACCAAACAGCGUUUCGGACUGCUCCCAAAUUGUUCGCAUUGUUUUUGCUUGGACUGUAUACGAAAAUGGCGACAAGAGAAACAGUUUGAGAACAAGAUUAUUCGGUCGUGCCCGGAAUGCCGGGUGCAGUCUGACUUCGUGUGCCCCAGUCGUUACUGGUGCGAGACCAAAGAAGAGAAGGAAAAGUUGAUAACCGAUUACAAGGGAGCCUUGAGCAACAAAGCUUGCAAGUACUUUAAUCAAGGUGACGGUGAAUGUCCGUUUGGAAACCGUUGCUUUUACUUGCACGCGCUACCUGACGGAACCAGAACGGACGUUGGUCCUCCUCAGGGUAAGCUGCGACGUCGUCGUUUCGGACAAGAUGAGGAAGAGGCGGAAGUCUUCCAGGUACUGUUGUGGGAUUUCUUGGAAGAGCGUGAGAGUCGCUACGUCCUCCAGUUAGGGCUCGACCUGGAAGACCUCGACCUGUAUACAUCGGAUUCAGACGAUUACUAUUCGGAUGAAGCUGACAGUCUCUUUUUCCUCCAGUGAGACGCAACAUAGAAAAAUAGUUAACGUCGAGUCCAGCGUCCCCUCUCUGUCCGUGUGUCUGUGGCUCGUCGAAAACUUCCUGCACCUCGUCAAUCCACGUAAAUACUAUCCAUAAUUUUCUUGUUUUGUUUAUGUUUUGUUUCGUUAGGUAUUGGUUUGUUUUUGUAUUUCUUUUUUUCCCACCUCACAACAAGAUUUCAAAAAAUGAUUAGGAGAAGAGGACAAAGACUCUUCUCACUCACACGUUUCUCCUCCUCAUGUGGGAUACUUCCCGUCAUGGUUUCCGCCCUCCCCAUUUUCCACUUGCGUCUCUUAAAUUUAGUAGUGGUGAAAACACACAUAUUCGUCUAGAAGCUAAACAUCAAUCUACAAAAAAUCUGUAUGCAUACUGCGAAUGCGCUACUCUUUUUUCUGUGUUAUCUGUGAUAUAUUACGUUAAAAGAAAAAAAAUAAGCUUGGAAUGGAAA